UGAGUCGCUUUGACCAGCAUCGAUUUAAGCUCCAGCCGGGGGUGGGAGUGUGCGGGUUGGUGGACGAGCCUUGACCACGGCGACCGACAACGAUUGUGUGACAGCUCCCCUUGACAGCGAGGGAGAGAAUGAGAAUAGUGGACGUGGUUAUUUUACUUGUAGGCACAGGACAGCUGAAGAGAAGCCGCUCCAGACGAUUCUGACAUGAAGAAGGACAUAGACACGUUGAUAGCAGAGGAACGUGCUGAAAUCAUCUCUAAAUAUGACAAGGGCCGACAGGAGGGCGUCAGCAUUGACCCGUGGGAGGACGCUGACUACAGCAUCUACAAAGUCACUGACCGCUUCGGCUUCCUGCAUGAGGAAGAGCUGCCAACGCCCAGUGCGGUUGAAGAAAAGCAAAAGCAGCAGGAGAUCGAGCGGGUGGAGAAAUGGUUGAAGAUGGUGAAGAACUGGGACAAGUACAGGAACAGUGACAAGCUGAUGAAGCGAGUGUAUAAAGGUAUUCCCCUGCAGCUGAGAGGCCAGGCGUGGGCUUUGCUUUUGGACAUAGAGAAAGUUAAAGGAGAGAAUGAAGGAAAAUACGAGAAAAUGAAGCUGCAGGCUCGGAGCUACUCCACCGAGAUCAAGCAGAUCGACCUGGACGUCAACAGAACCUUCAGGAACCACAUCAUGUUCAUGGACCGCUUUGGAGUCAAGCAGCAGGCCCUGUUUCAUGUGCUGGCAGCUUACUCCGUCUACAACACGGAGGUGAGCUACUGCCAGGGGAUGAGUCAGAUCGCUGCCAUCUUGCUCAUGUACCUGAACGAAGAAGAUGCCUUCUGGGCUCUGUCCCAGCUCCUCACCAACAGCAAGCACUCCAUGCACGGUUUUUUCAUCCCGGGAUUCCCCAAGCUGCACCGUUUCCAGGCGCACCACGAGCUGAUCCUUUCCAAAAUGAUGCCGAAACUGAAGAAACACAUGGACAAGGAGCAGAUGACGACGGGGAUCUACACGACCAAGUGGUUUCUCCAGUGUUUCAUCGACAGAACACCUUUCACCCUCACCCUGCGUCUGUGGGACAUCUACAUCCUGGAGGGGGAGAGGUUGCUAACGGCCAUGGCUUACACCAUCCUCAAGUUCCACAAAAAGCGCCUGCAGAAGCUUCAGUUAGAGGAGCUGAGGGAGUUUCUCCAGGAGCAGCUGGCUGAUUCUUUCUUCCUGCCCGACGAUGGAGUGAUUGAACAUCUACAGGCGUCUAUGUCUGAGCUACGCAGUAAAAAGCUGGAUCAAGCUCCUCCAGCCAAGUCAGACGAGCUGCCAAAGAAGCCUCUGGGUCAAGAAAGACCGGUUCUCUUAACGCCGUUGCAGCCUGACUCUCACCUGGACGUUAAAAUAAACCUCCAGCAGCCCAGCGAGGCCAGUCCAGAGACCCAGCAGGCAGAUGGCACCCCCUUACGUCAGACUCCUUCCCCUGCCGAACCCCAGGACUCUGGAGGCCUCUCCAGGGCCAACACGCCCUCUUUGCCUUCACCAGACCCAGCUGUGGUCCACACGCCAGAAACGCCUUCUCCCCUGAGGCCUUGUCGAGCACCGCCACCGUUACCUCCAAAAGUGCACUGCGUUGACGUGGGUUUGACAAGGGACGUGAAGGAGUCUCCGCCCGACAUCAGCCGAAAUGAGGAAAACCAGAGCAGAGAUCCAGAGGCCCAGGAAGAGGCCUUGGAUUGGCCUCCACCUUACGAGCCUGAAGUGGAAGCACUUCAGAUGGAGGCUGAUGAGGAAAUCAUGGAUCUUCCAGAUCUACCGCCUCCACCUUUCCUUUAUUGCGACAACCAGAGUGAUGAGACGCCUUCGGGGAGUCCGUCGGCCUGUAUGUUGGGGGCCGUGGCCGCAGAGACCCGGCGCCGCUCCCCGUCCCCCCGUUCAGCCUCCCCGCUGGUCGCUCACAUGAAGCCAUCCCCAGUACCAUCCCCAGUACCAUCCCCAAAACCAUCCCCUAAACCACCCAAGUCUCUGGACCUCACACAGAAAAGCACCCCCCCUCCAAAGCCGCCCGCUCACCGCGUCUUCGCGUCCUCCUCGUCUCCCAGACCUCCCCCGAAGCCGACUAAGUUCCCGGUCUCUCUCUACGUCCCGCCGUCCGCGGGAGACCGACGGCCCUCCAACACGUCCAUGUACGACAACCUGUCCGAGGCCGGCGACGACGACCGCUUCCUGGAGAGGCUGCUUGGCUCCACCCCCGAGGAAGUUCCCAGCAUGCUCAGCAACCCCCCAACGCACACCGUCAACAGAGACUACGACCCCGCCCUCUAUCCCCUGCCUCCAGCUCCCGUCUUCAUCCCCCCCGCCCCGUCUCCUCUCCCUCCCUCGCUGUGCGCCAUCCCCACUUUGCCUCAGGAGCCUGACUAUGAAGGAGUGGACAGCUGGGUGGAGGAUUCCAUCAUCCCCCCUCCUCCGCCCAGUUUCGCCGACAAACUCGGCCCCUUUCAGGGUCCCGCCGCCACCUGUUCGGGAACACACAGAGCCGCGUCGCCCGGUUACUCUAAACCGUUCUCCAGGGGCCCCAGGGACCAUUCUGCCUUCCCGGCACCGCUCUUGUACACGGGGUCUCCGCCGGGUCACCCCAGGGCCACGGGACAGUCGGCAGUCGGGGUGCCCCUGGUCCACUCCAGCCCAGACUUUUGCAGGAUGCCUCCAGGUGGACAGCAGUUGCCCAAAUCAGUGACUUUUUGAAGUCUUUUCUGUUAUUUCUUUUGCAGGAGGUUUGAAGGGCGACAGGCCAGUAGCUUAUUCAGUUAACCAGACCUUCGUUGUUUGCGUGUGUUAAAAAGGACUUUUUUUUAUUAUUAUUAUAAUUAUUAUUAUUGAAACGUUAUUUUUGUGAUACUUGCUUUUUCUUUGGGAGGACACUCGUGUCAACCCUCUAUUUAAAAAAAAAAAACGUCUGUGUCACUGUCGGCUGCACAGAAACUGGGCGUAAUUAACCCGCCUCGCUCUCGUUAGUACUUUUCGGCCACAUUUUCAGUUUCAGUGCGAAACAAAAACAAAGUGUCUUAACCUUGUCACAACACACCACUGGUACAUUUAGGAACUCUAACACAAGGGCUUCGAGGCGAUUUAUGCUGAAUCAGUGGGAAGCUGUGAGCAGGCUCACACAUCUGAACAGUAACCAGCAGCAGAACUCAGAUUUAUUAUUUUUUUGUUUUUUUUUGUACUUGAUAACAGAGGACCACUAAAUCAAGAUGCACUCCAGAGGUGUAAAUGCAAACUUAAAAAAAAGAAAUUGCUAAUAUUGAAACCAGCAGCAGCAUAAAAAAAAGAAGAGGAAGAAGAAUGGUGCAAUAUGUCACUGGUGAAGUAAGCCUGUUCAUGGUCAGAUCUUUCCCAGACAGGAAGCAGUGGGUACUCUGUGGGUAUUUUGCUGCUUUUUUUGUUUGUUUUUGUUGAAAUAUUUUUGUCAGGAUGCCGUCAUUUUUUUUUUUUUUUUAGUUUCAGUGUUACACCCGUUUAUCCGAUACUUGAUUCCACAGCAAUAACACAUGUAUAGAGGUUAAAUAAGGUAGAAGUGUAAAGAGUAGGGUGAGGAUUUUUUUUUAUGAAAACAACAUAUUAUCAGUGAAGACUUUUAGAAUGGUUCCAUCUAGUGGUUUGAAGUUGUAACAGGAUUUUUAGUUCACAUCCGGUGGAGAUUUGCUUUUGUUUCUGCCCACAAAUAUAUUACCUGUAACGCCUGUUUAUGAUUGUGCACAUAGUGAAAUAGAAGAUAAAUUAGUCCACUCCACUUUGAUUACUCAAAGCAAAUGUUGUGGGAGUUGAGCCAUAAUAUUCUAUACACGGACCUACUGUAUAGUCAUGUUUAUAUCGUUGUCUCAGUUAUAUAUUGUGUUUAAACCUUGUUUUUUUUGUUUUUUUUGCACUGACAUCUGUCAAUACAAACAGACUUUAGUAUUUUCUUCCUAACGGAGUUUGGGUUUUGUUUCACUGGACUUUGUUUUGUCACGUGAAUUCACCACCAAAUUGUACAUCGCCAUUAUUUUUUUUUUCCCCGUGGAUUUGUUUGAUACUAGGGAGACUUGAGGUGCCAGACCAAAGCUUUUGUGCGUUCAUGCAAACAUGUGACUUUUUUUAUAAAGAGACAAACCUCG